CAGCUGUUGUUUGUUUUCGGCAAAACGAGCGUGAGAGGCCGCGGAGGGGGAUGAGGAAGAAACCAAGUGGCGGGGGGGAGAAGGGGCAGCCGCGGCAGUCGCAGCUCUAGUUCGAGGCCGUGCCGGACACCCGGUGAAAUUAUCAGCAUUUUUCCUGACUUGUGGACAUCAGAACUGGACACAGUAUUCUAAUGAUGGUCUGCACCAGUACCAAAUAAAAAGGGAUAAUUUAUUCAGCAGGAGAAGAGUGGUGUGUAGAGAGUUCAGUGGUCUUCAGUCAAGCCUGGUGGAUCUGUGCAAUUUAUAGCACUCAAAGCAAAAAAGUGGCAGUGAGAAUACUAGCCUAGCCUGUAGAGAAGAUGAUCAGCUGUGGACAAAAUUUAUUUGCUUGUGGCCCUCUUUUGUUGUGUAUAUUUGGAUACUAAUGAAGAUAUUUCAGCCAUUAGAUUGGAAGCAGAAUGUUGAACUUUAAGAAAGAAAGGUGUAGUGUAUUGAGCCAUUCUUAAUAUAGGACUGAAAAUGCCACCAGCGGAGAGUGAGGCAAAGGCAAAAACCAAAGUUCGCUUUGAGGAAAUAUUCAGGAGUCAUUCUGGGCUAACAGAAAAAAAGAAAUCAAAGAAGCAAAAAUUUCACUCUCAUGAGAAUAUUAUGCUUGACACCUUUAGAAAUAAUCUUGAUCUAGCUAAAGAAAGUGGAAAUGAUGAGGUAAUUAUAAACAACACUUAUAAUCCUGAGGAAAAGAGCCCCCGGUUUACAAAAAACAAACUAAGAGACAAAGCCUCAGUUGCAGAAAAAAUAAACAAUGAUGUUGUUAGUGGAGAAGAAAACAAGCAACCAAAGUCUAACAAGAAGAAAAAGAAAGCAGUGUUACAAGAACAAUUGAAUGAGGAGGAAAAUGUAUAUGAAACUAAAUUGGAGAGUUUUGAAAAACAGAUUACUGAUUUUCCAAAGAAAAAAACAAAAAGUAAAUCACAAACAGAUGCAUCUCGUCAAAAAGGUAACAACAAGAUAAAAAGUACCUUGAAUGAAGUGAGAGAUGUAACUGAAUUAGAAGAGGAAGAACAGCUAAUUCAAGCCUAUCAGCUGCAAGUGGCUGAGGAUGAGGCAAAUGCAAUUAAGGAGAAAAUAAGAAAAAAACUUACAGAACAGAUGUCUGAAUUCACCUCCAGUGUUCAAAGCCAAAAAGUUGUAUUGAACAAUGAAGUGGGCAAGAAGAAGAAAAAGAAGAAAGAAGUGCCAGUUGCAUCUGAAGCUGAAACAAGUGCAAUGUCCCUCGCUGAACUACAGCAUAACCCAGUGGAAGAUGAUACCAGAAAAAAGAAGUCAUCAGGAAGACUGCUUGUAUCGUACUUUAAAGAUGAAAUGAACACAGAGGAACACAAGGAGGAGGAAGAUGUGGAAAAACUGAAACCUAAAAUAAAGAAAGCAAAAAAGAAAUCUAAAAAAGUAUUAGAAGAAAACACAGAAAUUGCUGCAGAAAAUAUACAGGAAAUGAACAGUCCAGAAGUUUGUACUCAAUCCAAACUUGCUUUUGAUGACAGCCUUGUGUUAGGGGUUUACAUCCAUCGAACUGAUAGACUUAAAACUGAUCUCAUGGUUUCACAUCCCAUGGUCAAGAUUCAUGUGAUUGAUCAGAAAACUGGUUUGUAUGUCAAGAAAGAGCAUAGCAGCCGGGCGGUUUCAUCUUUUUAUGAACAAGAGCGAGUGGAGCACAUUCUUCCUAUUAUGACCCAGCCUUAUGAUUUCCGACAAUUUAAAUCAACACUUCCAGAAUGGGAGGAACAAAUCAUAUUUAAUGAACGUUUUAGUUAUUUUCUUCAAGAUGCUGAAGAAAGCCCCAAAGUAGUCCUGUUUUUUGAGAUCCUUGAUUUCUUAAGCAUGGAUGAAGCAAGAGCCAACUCUGAAGUGCAAAUUCAGGAAAGUGGUUUUCACAAAAUCUCUUGGGCAUUUCUAAAGCUUGUAGGUGCAAACGGAGUCCUAAACAUUGAUGGGAAACUACGUCUGCAAUUGUAUUAUCCACCUCCAAGGACCAGGACACAGUCAAAUGUUGUUGAGGUUUUUGAUUGGUGGGAAAAGGGUCCUAGGAAUCGUUACCCAUCAACAUUAUAUGUAACUAUAAAAGGCAUAAAACUACCAGAUCACGUAUAUCCUUCUUUCCGUUCUAUGAUGGCUGUUCAGCAGGAACAAGGUAGCACGUCAUUCUGUGAGCUCCAGAAUGAGGUAUCAAAAAACGCUAGUGUAAAUAGUCCACAUGAGAAAAAGGAGCAAUUGAAAUGGAUGAGACUGCCUGGACAGGCUUGUCGUAUACCAAACAAGCAUCUCUUUUCACUGAGAGCAGGAGAUAUGGGCUGUUUCUGUAUUCGUUUUUCUCAAGACGGAAAAACAUUAGCAGCAGCGUGUGCAGGGAGAGAUGGUUAUCCCAUUAUUUUAUAUGAGAUUCCUUCUGGACAAUACUUGAGAGAAUUUUAUGGCCACCUUAAUAUUGUAUAUGAUCUUUGUUGGUCAAAAGAUAAUGAGUACCUCCUUACUGCAUCCUCUGAUGGCACUGUCAGAAUGUGGAAAAUUGAGACCCAGGCUACAACUUCUGUGAGAGUUUUCCCUCAUCCUUCAUUUGUUUACACUGCAAAGUACCAUCCAGUUGCUGACUAUCUUGUGGUGACAGGCUGUUAUGACUCUGUGAUUAGGGUAUGGAAUACAAAAGUGAAAGAGAUCUAUGGUCAGUUAAUACAGGAGUUUGAUGGUCACAAAAGUUUCAUCAAUACACUGUGUUUUGAUGCAGAAGGACUUCACAUGUUCUCAGGAGACAGCUCAGGGCUGAUUAUAGUUUGGAAUACCUUUGUCAAAGGAAGUUCUCAACAUCCAGUCCAACAUUGGGGUAUAAAUAAGGAAAUAAAAGAAAAUGAUAUUAAAGGGACUCCAAUAAAUCAUCUAGAGGUACAUCCGAAUGGAAGACGUUUAUUAAUCCAUGCCAAAGACAGUGUUCUGAGAAUUAUGGAUCUCAGAAUCUUGGCUACAAAGAAAUACAUAGGUGCCACAAACUAUAGAGAGAAGAUUCACAGUACCUUAACACCAUGUGGGACAUUUCUUUUUUCUGGAAGUGAAGAUGGUAUAGCAUAUGUUUGGAAUCCAGAAACAGGUGAUCAAGUAGCCAUGUAUUCUGACCUCUCCUUCACAUUUCCAGUUCGAGAUGUUGCCUUUCAUCCACAUGAACACAUGGUGUCAUUUUGUGCCUUUGGUCAAAACCAGCCAAUACUUGUAUACAUUUAUGAUUAUAAAGUUGCACAGCAGGAGGCUGAAAUAGUAAAAGAUCUCAAUGGGUCACUCGCAUCAACAACAUCCAGAGGGCCACAAAUUCUUAGCAAUUCUUCUCAUAUUUCUGCACAGAAAGAUUCAACAAUGUCUCCAGCAAAUCAGUUUGUCAGUGUUGCAAGAGUAUCUAUGAGAAUGCAGAAAGUGAAGCAGAAACUUGACUCUGUUAUGACCAGCUCAAAUCUCAUGCUUCCGGCUCCAUCACUGCUCUCGCCACACUCCAAGUUAAGGCUGCCAAGUACUCUGGGCACUUCACUGAUUCCUCCGUAUCCUUUCACUGCUCAAAACGGGAGUUUCAGCCCAGUAGGAAGUCCUCUUAGCCGAACGCCAUCCGUCAGACUACAGACGAGUGAUGACCUUCUGGUUACAUCAUGUGUGAGAGGAGCAAAUAAUUCUACACCAGUGCAAGAGAGAGUAGUGGCUCUUUAUGACUACACAGCGCAUCGAUCAGAUGAGCUAACCAUCCAUCGCAGUGACAUUAUCCAAGUGUUAUACAAAGAUAAUGAUAACUGGUGGUUUGGCAGCCUAGCAAAUGGACAGCAAGGCUAUUUUCCAGCUAAUUAUGUGGCUGGUGAAACUGAAUAUGAAAAGGAACAGUCUUCUGGAUUAGUACCAGAUUCUACUCCUCUUCUACACAGUGAACAAACAGAAGCAGAAGUAAGAUAUCCAGUUCCACAUGGGAUGUCAGCAGUCAUCACCGGGUCAGGGGACCUGAAAUUUAUCUCAGAGCAUGACACAGAUAUAGACUCACCUGUGACACAAAUUACGAAGAAGAAGAAAAGGAUACUGAAGAAUGAAACAAUAGAGAAUCAGCCAAAUGUAAUGGCUCUUGACACCCUUGCAUCAUCAAUUACCACUAACAGCAUUGAAAACAAACCUAGAACACAUGGGUUAGAACUGAAGAAGAAAAGAGCAGUGAAAAGCUCAAGUGCAAGUGGAAAGACAAAUGUUGCCUUUGAGCCUGACAGUUGAAGUGUAGUCAUCAUUUAACUCCAGAUACAGGUGUCGCAUUCAGAAUAUUGUAUGCAAAAAAAUGGAUUUGAAUGGGAUUUAUGCUGAAAUGAUGAUCUCACUUUCAGGAUAAAAAAACAUUGAAAACCAAAACAUUAAACAUAGACAAACACACAAAAUUCCCCCAUACUCCUGUCAAGACAUGCCAUGUCAUAUAGAGCCUAAUUCUGCAAGGAACCUGGCACCUCCAUCUCUUACUGAUGUUAACGAAAUUUGAGUAUCCAGCAGUUCACAGGAUUGGGCUCCUGGACAGUUCAAGCCUGAAGUUUGGCUCUCAUAUUUCCCAAAAGCAGCAUUUACAGAUGCAUUCUGAAAUAAUCUAAAUCCCGAUUCUGCUACCUUUCUCAUGCUGACUAGAAUUUUACAGUUGGAAAGAUUCCCAUUGACUUCAAUGGGCGUUGGAUCCAAGCCAUUUUUGAGCAUGAGCAAAGGUGGUAGACUGAAGUCCAAAGUUGUUAGUACUCUGUGACAAGCUUGACCACAAUAGAAGGUUUUGUGUUAGCAAUUUUGAUUUUUUUGCAAGUAAAAAGACAGACAGUAUUCUGUAUGUAGCAUGUGACCACUCUGAAAGAAUCUUACACGGGUCUACAUGAAAACACACUUUUUAUGUCUUCCUUUUGUUGAGUAUUCCCUUUGGACUAGAUUUUGCAACCCUUGUUUAUAUUGGUGAACACCUACUCAUGCAAGUAAAUUGACUUCAGUGGAACAACUUGUAAAUAAAGCUAACCAACAUGAGUAAGGAUUGGAAAAUUCAUCUUUUUGGUACAUUGAUUUUUAAAAUGAAGGCUUUUUAUACAUAUAUAAAUGUGCACUAAAACUUUGUAAAACUCAGUUUUUGCUGCACUGAGAGCAGCAUUGCCAAAUAUAUUUUACUUUAUUUUGAAGAAAGGUUUCAUAUCAAAAUGGGUAGUUUAUUUUAUGCUGUGUGUAGUAUUUAUUUCCUUUAUAUGUUUAGUUUAUCUAUUUUUGAAAAUAAUGGCACUAUGUUGUGAACCAUUAUUAAUUAUUUCAAUAACUUCUUACAAUACUAUCAUUUUACAUUUGACAUUAAAUGAAAUACUUUCCAUCA